AUGACAAGCCCAUCCGGGACUUUCGUGGUGGUCUACGUGGACGGUGCGUGCAGCCACAAUGGCACUUCUCAAGCGCGGGCUGGCUACGGUGGGUACUACGGCUCCCUGUCAGAUCCCCGCAACUUCUCGUGUGCGGUGCCGCUGACGGAGUCUCAGACGAACAACCGUGGAGAGCUGCGCGCUGUCAUACACGCGAUUGUUCAGGCGUUCAUCGAUGCCGGCGCCCCUGCAGAUGCGCUGGAGGCGACCCACCGCGUCGACCCAUCCGCGUGGCCCCUCAGCGACUUCUCACGACCACUUCUGCAUCUUAUCAUCUACACAGACAGCCGCUACGUCAUUGACGGGCUCACCCGGCACGCGAAGGCGUGGGUGCAGAAUGGUUUUCUGCUGUCGACGAAGGGGCCAGUGCAGAACCAAGACCUGUGGAAGCAACUGAUCCGGCUGCGCGACCGGUACAACACGCUUUACGCGAGGCAGCAGUACGACCAGCAGCGCACGCAGCGAUGGCACGGCGAGCACUGCGGCGAGGCAGACCUCGUAGAGCCGCUGCGGCACACGUGCCACAACACCCACAACAACAAGAGUGAAGGCAUUGAGCUGAUUCACGUGCGAGGCCACUCGAAGGUGCACGGCAACGAGAUGGCCGACUCGCUGGCGGUGAGUGGGUCUCGACGGCACACACUGUAG